CUUUGCCUUUUAAUUUACCUGCAUCUCGCCGGCGUCGCCGCACCAGUCCAGGGGUCAAGCGCCAACCAGGAAUCACUGGCGCCUCUCCCAGGGUCCGCAUCUGUCCUCGCCAUAUCUUUUUUGUGGCUGCCGUGUCCCCGACAGCGCGAGGCCCCUUAUGCGCCUUCGUCGAGAUAAUAAAUUUCAAUCUGCUCAUUACUCCUCCACAACGGUGAGGCUGUCCAUGUCCUCCUCAAAUUCGUCCUCGGGCGGGAUCUGGUCAUACGUUCCUUUCGGUUCUUCUCCACGCCGUCGCUCAGUAUCCAGCGGCCUGCCAUUGAGACACUCGGCCAACGGCAGUACCGACAACACUCCUUGGGACCCCUUCGAGAAGUCAAGUCGACAGACGAAAGAAAACGACGGAGGCCGCUCCUUCACACUGGAGUCCAUUCGGACCGCUUGGAUGACUCAAAGUCGCCAGGCUCGAUAUGUGAAGGUUGGAGGUGUUUUGGGAUUAAUAGUACUAUUAUAUUGGUUUCUUUCUGGUGGCCAGUAUACCUCCAGCCCCAACAAUGUCUACACUCCCAGCAAUUCUCCGACGACGAAAUGUACGAAGCCUUACGAUCACACGAAACCACUGGUGCAGUAUGCGAUUAUGAUUGAUGCGGGAAGCACGGGCAGCAGAAUACAUGUGUACAAAUUCAACAACUGUGGCUCGACGCCUGAGCUGGAAAAUGAAGAGUUCAAGAUGACGGAGAAGAGACCCGAAGGGUCCGGACUGAGUUCCUACAAGACGGAUGCGGAGGGCGCGGCGAAGAGUCUUGAUCCCUUGAUGCAAGUCGCCCUCACUUCGGUACCGGACGAGUACAAAUCAUGCACGCCGGUUGCAGUGAAAGCUACCGCAGGCUUGCGAUUGCUUGGGGAGGAAAUGAGCCAGAAGAUUCUUGACGCGGUGCGAACGCGCCUGGAGACACAAUAUCCUUUCCCGGUGGUUUCUCGAGAAAAGGGAGGUGUUGAGAUCAUGAAGGGAGAGGAUGAGGGAGUUUUCGCAUGGAUUACCACGAACUAUCUCCUGGGUAAAAUUGGAGGACCAGAUGAGACACCGACGGCCGCUGUCUUCGACCUUGGUGGCGGAUCUACACAGAUUGUCUUCCAGCCGACUUUUAAGAACAGUCCGCAUGGAGGUAUGCCUCCCAAGAUGGCUGACGGUGACCACAAGUACAGCUUGAAGUUCGGCGGCCGAGAAUUCGAGCUUUAUCAGCAUUCACACCUUGGCUAUGGACUCAUGUCGGCGCGAAAAGCACUGCACGUUUCAGUGCUGGAGCAUAUGCACAAGCAGAACCCCGACUCAACAGCGUGGCUCUCUAAGCCCAUUCCGAACGCAUGCAUCACGCCGGGCGAGCAAAAGAAGGUUGACGUUACCAUGCCUGCGGAUCAUCCCCUCGCAGGCGAUCACAGCGUAACUAUGGAGGGUCCAAUCGACGCGUUGCCAGCUCAGUGCCGCGCAUUGGCGGAGGGAAUUCUGUACAAGGAGAAGGAAUGUGCGAUUGCACCUUGCUCCUUCAACGGCGUCCACCAGCCUUCAUUGGACAAGACUUUUGCUAGGGAAGAUGUAUACGUUUUCUCAUACUUCUACGAUCGCACGCACGACCUCGGAAUGCCCGAGUCCUUUACGCUGAGAGAACUACAGGAUCUGACGGAGAAAGUCUGUGGCGGCGAAAAGCACUGGGGCGGCUUCGCUGGCGUUGAAGGCGCCCUUGCUGAGUUGCGCGACCGACCGGAAUGGUGCCUGGAUUUGAACUUCAUGACUGCUCUUUUGCACACUGGAUACGAGAUGCCGAUCGACCGGGAGGUCAAGAUCGCAAAGAAGAUCAAGGGCAACGAAUUAGGAUGGUGCCUGGGUGCCAGUUUACCAUUGCUGGAAUCAGGCAGUGGUUGGGAGUGCCGGAUCAAGGAGGUCUCGGCAUGAUAUUGUUCUUCUUCUUGUACGUUAUCUUUACGUGGAAGGAUGGUAAAAUAGAUUCGGUGAUUGUAGCAAAAACGGGUUUGCCUGGCAGCGGAGUUCAGGAGGAGGGAUAGACAACACUUCGCGCCGUGCUGCAGACUUUAAUCAUGUAU